AUGGCAGCCUCAAAGUCAAGUGAUGAGGAAGUUAACAACGAUCAAGAUUUGGCCUUCGUGGCAAACAUGGGAAAAUUAAUAGAGCACAAUGCCCUUGGCAUAUCUUUAGCCAUUGGUUACCGUGUAGGACUGAUUGAAGUUCUUGCAAAUCUUGACGAACCCAAGACUUCGAUUGAAAUUGCUGACAAAGCUGGCCUAAAUGAGAGAUAUGUUAGAGAAUGGUUGGCAAUCUUGGCAGUUGCAAAGGUGAUAAAUGUUGACAAAGAGACUAAUACCUAUUUCCUUCCAAGGAACCGUAGGAAAUUUCUAAACAGCCCUUAUACCAGAUUCAACUUUGAAGUAUUCUUCACAAUGUUCCCACCAAUUAUACCUCAGUUAGAAACAUGUUUUAGUAAGGGUGGAGGCAUAUCAUAUGAUAGCUAUGCUGGAUUCCAUGCGUGGAUGGACUCAUUGUCAUCGUAUGGCCACAAGAUGACAUUGUUACAACAUCACAUACCAUCAAUAGAAGGCUUGCAUGAGAAGCUGGAGUCAGGUAUAUGUUGCCUGGAUGUAGGAUGUGGGAUGGGAAGCCCAGGGCUGUUAUUAGCAAAAGAGUAUCCAAAAAGUCAAUUCUAUGGUUUUGACUUAUCUGAAGAGGCAAUAACUCAUGCUAAAGAAGAGGCAGAUAAAUUGGGAUUGCAAAAUAUUAAUUUCUUGGUGAAAGACUGUGCAAAGUUUUAUCCAGAAUAUGAGGAAAUGUUUGACUACAUAUCAGCCCAUGAUGCAAUCCAUGAUCAAGCAUAUCCAGCUGCUGUUUUGUCAUCCAUUUUCAAGAUGAUGAAAAAGGGUGGGAUUUUCUCAAUGAUUGAUGUUGAGGCACACAGUCAUCCUGCUGACAAUAUAGAUGUUUCAAAAGCAACUUUGAAGUAUACCUAUAGUCUUAUGCAUUGCAUGCCUGUCAGUCUUUAUUUUGAAGGUGGAGCUGGCCUGGGUACUUGCUGGGGAAGGGAGCUGGCUACACAAAUGCUGAAAGAAGCAGGCUUUUCAAAAGUUGUCAUGAAAAAUUAUGCUGGAGAAUCAUUCAAUCUAAGUUAUGUUGCAACAAAAGAAUAA